AAAGCCGGACUUACCCUCCAGGAAUCAGGAGCUCCUCUUAGCCACCAUCGGCAAGCCCGGACCAACCACAACACCUGCCAGUUGGCACCGGGACCAAGACGUGUCGCUAGGACAUCAAUGGCUGCCGAUGUCCAAUCACAGCUGUGUAAGGAUGGGCCGUCGGACCCGCUGGGCCAGCAGGAGGACUGCGUGGGACCUCGGCCUCUGGACCCGCUGUUGGAAUCAGAGCUGGAUAAAGCGCCUCCAGCCAACCCCGACGGCACGAAGGGGUCAUGGACCAAAGGCAGUAGGCUCCCAAAGUCCGAUUCCUCUUCGCCGCUGCUGCCGGUGUGCUCAGCUCGGUCUUCGCCCGCCAAAGCCGUCGCCGUCUUGGAGCACGGCAACAUGCCCGAGCUGGUGGUGACCGCGCUGCUGGCGCCGUCGCGCGUCUCGCUGAAGCUGCUGCGCUUCUUUAUGUGGAUCUUCGUGUACUCGGCUGCGAUAGUGACUGCCGCUGUCUACGGCUGCAUCGCGCUCACGCACGUGCUGUGCAGGCCCCGCCGUGGCUACUACGGGCGCCCCCGGUGCGCGGCUCCUGCCUGCCUGGUAGACCCCACACUGGGCGAGCACGGCUUCCUGAACCUCAGGGCCUUAGAUGGUGCCCUCCCGCAGAGCUCGGGCCUGCGUCUGCACUUUGUCUCUGCUGGUCGCGGCAACGGGCCCCUGAUGCUGUUUCUGCACGGCUUCCCUCAGAACUGGUUUUCCUGGCGCUACCAGCUCCGGGAGUUCCAGAGCCGCUUCCAUGUCGUGGCUGUGAACCUUCGUGGCUAUGUCCCCUCAGAGGCUCCUAAGGAUGUGGAAUGCUACACCAUCGACCUGCUGAUGGCUGACAUCCAGGAUAUCAUCCUGGGCCUGGGUUACUCCAAGUGCAUCCUCGUGGCCCACGACUGGGGCGCUCUCCUAGCCUGGAAUUUUUCCAUCUAUUUCCCAUCCCUUGUUGAGCGGAUGGUAGUGGUCAGUGCUCCCCCCAUGUCGGUGUUCCAAGAUUACUCAAUUCACCACAUCAGCCAGUUCUUCAGAUCGAACUAUGUGUUCCUGUUCCAGCUUCCCAGGCUGCCAGAGAAGCUGCUAUCCAUGUCUGACUUCCAGAUCCUGAAGAGCUCCCUCACUGGCCGAAAGACAGGCAUCCCACACCUGACCCCCUAUGAGCUCGAGGCCUUCCUUUAUGGCUUCUCUCAGCCCUGCGGCCUUACUGGGCCCAUCAACUACUACCGAAACAUCUUCAGGAACGUCCCCCUGGAGCCCCAGGAGCUGGCUGUACCUACAUUGCUGCUGUGGGGAGAGAAAGACCCCUACUUCCAGGUGGGGAUGGUGAGGGCCAUCGAGAGCCGCUUUGUGCCAGGCCGGCUGGAGGCCCACAUCCUUCCAGAUGCAGGACACUAUAUCCCACAGAGCCACUCCCAGGAGAUGCACCAGUACAUGUGGGCCUUCUUGCAAGACCUGCUGGACUAGUGGCCCUUGCUCACCUCCCUUCCCGGGUGCACAGCUCCACUUAGGAACACACACCUGCUGUCUGAAUGUACUUGUGUCACACAGAAAUGCGUGAGGCACACCAGCCCCUGUGCUCACACCCGGGCAUCUCUGGCCUUUCUGUCCUUGGCUUCUGACUCGAACCUGGGUCUUAAGCCUUCUUCACUACUGAAUCCAAUACAGUAGCGUUAGACAUGUGUGGUUACUUCCACUUAAAUGUGAAUUCAUCCAAAUGAAAUCCAAUGAAAAAAUGCAGUGCUUCAGUCA